AACGAUUUUGUUGUGGUUAAGCUCGUGUAGUUGAACAAGUCGUGACCGCGUGUUUCCGCAGUUGUGUUUACGCUAGAAUGUCGCUGUUUAAAACUGGCCGAAGGAAAAAUGAGAAAUUUCAAAAGAAACGAGGAGCAGGCAGUGCACCGAAGGCUAGCGCCGGUGCCAAGCCAGAGAAGGUGGCCCGGAUACGAUCGGUGGCCGACGAUACGAUCGACAGCGAUGAGGAGAUGGCAAAGGAGGCCAGGGAGCCGAGCCAGCGUGUCCUUGAGGAGGAGGACUUCAUGGCCCUAGAAACGGCACAGGAUAAACGUGUGCGUUUGGCUAAGGACUACCUCCGGCAACUCCGCGCGGACGAGGAGAACAACGACGGCGAAGCUGAUGAGCAUAUCGAUCUGGAGUCACGUGUCGGGCGCACAUUGAAGGGGCAGUACCUCAACGAGACGGGCAAGAUUCAUCGGCAGCUGGCUGAUAAAUGUUGCGGCUUCCGGGCGUCCGAGAUUUUCAUGCUGCGCUGCAAGCAGCAACGCCUGUCGCCGACGUGCCUGUGCGUGGCACCCAACGACGAGGCCCUAUACGUCGGCUGCAAAAGCGGAUUCGUCAUUCGGUGGGACCUGGCGACACGAAAGCGCACCGCGACGUUCUCCGCCAAACACCAAAUCAUAAGGUCCAUUGCCGUGUCGCACGAUGCCCGCUACCUGGUAGUGGCCGAUGGUACGGCCGACAUUAAGGUGCUGGAUGGGGUUAGCCUGGCCGAGGUGAACUGCUUGCGCGGGCACUCCGCGGCUGUCACCGGAGUAGCGUUUCGGCAGCACACAUACCAGCUAUUCUCGGCCAGUGACGAUCGCACGGUGAAGGUGUGGAGUCUCGACGAGAUGGUGUACAUCGAAACACUGUACGGACACCAGAACUCAGUGAGUGGCAUCGAUGCGCUGGCCCUGGAGCGCGUUGUUACGGCCGGUGGCAUGGACCGUACGGUACGCGUGUGGAAGGUGCCGGAGGAGUCGCAGCUGGUCUUUAGCACGGUCGAGGAGGAUUUCAGUGCGGUCCGUUUCGUCAGCAACGACCUGUUCCUAUCCGGUUCGAUCGAGGGAUCGGUUUGCCUGUGGAGCUGCGGUAAGAAGAAACCAUUGCGAAGAUUAGAACUAGCCCACGGCCAGCAGGACGCGGGGCACCCGAAUUGGAUCAGUGCGAUCGGGGUGCUCCCGAACUCGGAUCUCGCUGCGUCCGGCUCGUGCGACGGAUUCGUACGCGUCUGGCGACUAGCGGAUCGGCGGCGUUCAAUCGAACCAUUAUUGGAGGUACCGGUCGUAGGCUUUGUCAAUGCUAUCGAGUUCACACACGAUGGUCGGUUUUUGAUUGUUGCGGUGGGGCAGGAGCAUCGUCUCGGUCGCUGGUGGACACUGCGCAACGCGCGAAACCGAGUGCUUGUGGUGCCGUUAUCGAUCACCGAGUAAACCAAGUGCUGUUUGGGCGCGAAUAGCAGCAUUCCCUCGAACCGCUUGUUACACUGCGCCUAGACGGCAACGAGAAAGCUGAGAAUGCGAAAGGCGAGAAUGUCAAAUCCCAUACAAAUGGAAAUGUCAACAUACGAAUAGAAUGUCACAAAUGUAUGGGAUUUGACAUUCUCAACUUUCUCAUUCUCAGCUUUCUCUUUGUCGUCUAGGCCCAGUGUUAGCUAUCUAUCGUGAGUGCGAGAGCUAAAUGGUAAAGAUGCUGCGUUUGCAGCAAUCGGGGUCCCAAGAAAUUUCUAUUUUGAUUAAUUGUGUUUCGGAUAGGUAUACAACCAUUACGACCAUACAGCAUUCAUUUAUUGCCCAUAAAUGUAUAAAGCUAUUUUGAGAAUAAAAGCCAAUUUAGAAUUAAGUCAUGAUCCAAUAAAACAUGGUCAAUUAAAACUGCUGUACGUGGAAUAAAUAAAGCCGUAACGCACGAUCACUGAGGGAUGCGGACGAUCAAGGCUUCGCAGCUCGGGCAACGGCUGUUCGCAAUCGUCCUGGUGGCGUCCAUGUGAGUCAGGGCUGAACGACUCAACCUUGAGUACUCCACGUCGAGAUAAGGCGAUUCAGCAGUGAAUGCCUGUAAAGACUGUAGAUUCCCAGUCUUGUAAACGUUGCGCAAGCAAACGUGCGUGUUUCCCUAUUUGCUCGAAAACAAGUGUCCUCAAAAUAUCGCCAAUGCGUUGACGGUACAAUAAAAUACGUCUAGCUUUUGUUACGUAUAUUUGAUAUGAGUGGACAUUACAGACAUUAGACACUCCAAAAGUUGGAACCUUUGCAUUUGCCUUGGGUUGUGCUUUCUUAUUUUCUUUUCUUUUAUUUCUCGCACAUUUACCACCCCCUAUUUUCCCCCAACCCUCUCCAUCCCUUGUAUUCCUUCCUAACUGUCGUCUCUAGCGCGAGGUUCUACGGCGCAUGCCGGUCUCUCUCGUUCUCUCUCUCUCUCUUUCUCUCUCUCUCUCUCUCUUCCUUUCUCUCUGUCUCUCUGCCCGGCGAAAAACAUUCACCGAAGACGAGAAGGUUGUAAUCGUUCCGUUUUUGGGGCCAUAAUGACUCCGUGUAAUGCCGCCGCACGCUUUCACAGAUCCCUCGCGCACUCCUCUGGCCAUGCGCUUCCGCUUAGAAAUGUACUCCCCGCAACCCUCCCCCCCGCCCCCUCUCCUAUAGGUUUAUGCUCUCGAGCUGCUUAUAUGCCGAGUUACCGCAGGUCUGCCGUCCUCGGCUACAGGCGACUUGGUCCUAGGUCAAAGCGUCUAAGCUUCUCGAUCUCUCUUCAUCUCACACUCUCCCACCUCAUCCCCUUCCCCCCCUCCCACCAUCCCUUCCCCUUCCUCUCUUUAU